AUGUUUAAUAGGAAGAGAAAAGGAGAUUUUGAUGAUGAAGAUUACCACGACUAUAGACCUCGUAUGCCUAAAAGGCAGAGGAUUCCACCUGUGGUCCAAUUGUGUAAAGAAAUGAUGCCUGAUAUUAGAACUAUUGGUGAAUCUGUCAAGGCUUUUGAAGAAGAUAUUCAAUUUUUGAGUGAUGCCAUAGUAAACGAAUUUGGUCAUGAAGAAUAUUUCAAUGAUGCUUUAUUGCAAACGUUUAGAGCCGUUGUUUUGGAACAACCACAGAAACUACCAGCAAUUGCCCUAUUGACGAUGGUUGUCAAUUCAAGAAAUGAGGCUGCUGGUAAGGGUGUGGUCAAUUUCUUCUUCAGUGAACUACAAAAAUAUUGCAACCAAAGUGUUGAUCCUGAAUACAAGCCAGAAUCUAGUGAUACUGGUCCAUGGAACAAGAUUAAAUUAAUCUUGAGAUUUUUGGCAACAUUAUCUCCAAUGCUGUUGAAUGAUGAGUUGAUCUCCAUCUUCAAAGAUUUUUUGCAGUUGAGUAUAGAUCUUAACCAAUCUGAUACUAACAAGAGGAACCCAUUAUCUGAAGCGCUGUACACAAACACACUACUUAACAUACCUUAUCUGUUUUUCUUCAACAGAAAUGAUGACGACUUGAAACAAAAGGUUGGUUCUCUUCUAGAGUUUGUUGAAGAUAAUUAUAAGGUGAAAUCAACAGAAAUUAAUCUCUUAAGAGAAUAUAAUAAUGGUGCUCCAUUUGACAGUGCAGAGCUUGUUCAAUUAGUUUUAAGCAAUGUCAAAAAGUCACUAAUGGAUGAUUUGAAGGAUCUAGAACAAUUAUUUCCUGAUUGGAUACAUUUGUUAACUGAACAAUCUGGCGACCAAGGAUUUAACGACCCUCUCCAACUUCCAAGUAUUGAAGAUCUUGCCGAAUAUAUGGAUUUGGGGCACCAGAGAGGUUCUGUGGAUUCUAUGUGGCAUACACCAAGGUAUGUUUUCAAAGUUUAUGUUCCAAAUGAGACACAUGACUUUGAAACUGUGAUCCCUAUCACUACAUAUGCUGGCCAACUGUUCAAUGAUAUUAUUAUUGACUUAGUAGAGAGUUUAGAGUUUAACCGUAAAGAAGUUGCAAGACAAGUUGUUUCAUUGGAUUUGUUUUUUAAGAAGGGAAUAUUUGCAGAACCUGGCAUCUCUAUUGCUCAGCUAUCGAAUGUUUAUGAAGAGAAUCCUUUAGCCACUACAUUUAAAAUUGAAGACUUGGCUAUUGAAACAAUUAUUAGUCUAAUCUUCAAAUUGCCUGAUGUUUCUCAACCAUUUGCUUAUUUUUACACCCUGUUAGUUGAAAUAUGUCAAAAUUCUCCAAAAGCAAUCGCACCUGUAUUUGGUAGGGCAUUUAGAUUUUUCUACAGUCAUUUGAAAAAUAUGGAUUUUGAAUUAAGGUUACGUUACCUAGAUUGGUUUUCAAUUCAAAUGAGUAACUUCAACUUUUCUUGGAAGUGGAAUGAAUGGGAGGACGAUUCUAAAAAUCUAUCAAAGUCUUUCUACGAUCCCAACAUAAACUUUAUCAGAAAUUUGAUUCAUAAAGAAUUGAGGUUGACAUCUAAUCCUAUUGAUGUUGAAGAAAGUUUACCUGAAGAGUUUAAGCAAUAUCUGGAUUCGUCAUACAUUGCUCAUGACGCAUUAGUUGCUUAUUAUCAGUCAUUUUAUGUUGAUUACACUGUUGAACCAAUCAACAUUAAAAAGAAUGAUUUCUAUUUCAAGCACGAGUCAUCUCCUCUUAGGGAUGUUGUUGUUGAAUUAUUAGAUUACAUUCAUAAACCUAAUAAUACUCGUGAAGUUUCUGAGUUAGAACAACUUCUUGAAAAGAUAAAAGCUAAUCAUGGCUCCAUAAUCAAAAAUUUUGAUCGCUUCAUAAUAGUAUUAAUUGUACAAGCUUUGUUGGAAUCUGGUAGUAGGUCACUUUCCCACGCUAAUAAAUACAUCAGCGAUCUUAAAGACGAUUUUAAAUAUGUUCUGGAUAAAAUUGAGCUUGAUCAAGAUCAAAAGGAAUUUAUUAUUAUUGAAGCAGUUAUAAGGUUUUGGAAUUCGAACUCUCAGAAUGGUUAUUUGAUUGUUGAUGCUUUCAAGUUUGCUGAGCUUGUUUCUUCUAGAAGUAUUAUCAAUUUCGCUCUUAAUGAGGAAUUGGCUAACAAUUACGGAUUAGUCGAUAGCACUGCAAUUGAAGCUAUCUUCAGAACUCUAUCGCAUGAAAUAACAUUAGAAAUUGAGCAUGCGGACGACUUUGAGUUUGUCUUAGAGAAACUAUGCAUUAUCAUAAAUAACACUGUUAGUCAGCUAAACAUUCAAUUAGAUGAAGAUAUUGAUGUUCCUCAGAUAUUUGAAUUAACAGAUGGAGACAAUGCAUCUGACUUGGCUGCAUAUGACUUGAAAUGGAAAUACUACACAUCAAUUGUUUUUAUUAAGAGUUUGCUGAGAAAGUACAGCCUCAAGUACAAGAGUCUAUCAGACAAGAUUUUGGGUAAUUUAGACACAGCUGUACCUCAUCAAUCAACCAAAGAGCAAAUAAAGAUUUGGUUGGGUGAGCUUAAUAGCAUAUGA